GCGCGCACUGAAAAGUAAAACCACCCAUUAAAAGGAACAGAGAGGAGGAGAAACUGAUUCAACAAGUGCCCAACAAACAGGAGAACACAAACUAAAGAAGUGAUGGAGCCCUCCAAACAGAUUCAGUACACUUCAAAUGAGGUCAAAGACACCGGGGACAGCAGCUCCGUGCCUAACGGACACUUUGACGGGCGGGUGAAGCGGCCGGCCGGCGGAACCGUGCGCACCCAAACUCCCCAGCCCCCGGGCGCGGAGUGCAGCUCUCACCGGCCGGCCAACGCGGGGAUGGAGAGCUGGAGGGAGGAGCGCACAAGGAGCGUGGAGGACAACGAGAUGAGCCUGCCUUCCCUGGCCGCCGCUUACACCACCAUCCUGCGGGGGCUCGGGGAGGACCCUCAGCGGCAGGGGCUCCUCAAGACCCCCUGGAGAGCCGCCACCGCCAUGCAGUUCUUCACCAAGGGCUACCAGGAGAAAAUCAUCGACGUGCUGAACGACGCCAUCUUCGACGAAGACCACGACGAGAUGGUGAUCGUCAAAGACAUCGACAUGUUCUCCAUGUGUGAGCAUCACCUGGUGCCCAUCUUCGGCAGGGUUCACAUCGGCUACCUCCCAAACAAGAGAGUUCUGGGCCUCAGCAAGCUGGCCAGGAUCGUUGAGAUCUACAGCCGUCGACUACAAGUUCAGGAGAGGUUGACCAAACAGAUUGCCGUGGCGAUCACUGAGGCCCUGCAGCCCACCGGAGUCGGCGUCGUCAUCGAGGCAACUCACAUGUGUAUGGUGAUGCGAGGCGUUCAGAAGAUGAACAGUAAAACCGUCACCAGCACCAUGUUGGGAGUUUUCAGGGAAGACCCAAAAACCCGCGAUGAGUUUCUGACGCUGAUCAGGAGCUGAGGAGGACUGAGCUCCUUCUCUUCCUCCGCCCGAUGCCUGACGUUACCUCCACCUGCGCGACCCUGUUUGUGUGUGUGUGUGUGUGUGUGUGUGUGUGUGUGUGAGAGAGUCGAGAGAAAGAGUGUCCGAUCAUUUUAAUCCUCGUCGUUAUCUCAGUGAUGUCCGAGUCAGAGGACGAUGACUGACAGGACUUUACCCCUCUUUUUUGUUUACGUCUGUUCUGUGUGAUCAUUAAUUUAAACAUCGAUCUUUGGCCUCUAACUCAACGUAAUUCGAGUUUAAAAGAAAGAAAGACUCCACCAAAAUAUACAAACAUCGAUUUAUUGACUUGAUUUAUUACUUGAAAACCACUUGUGGUAAUAAGCCCUUAACGUACGGGAGGGAGAGUAAAAACAAACACAUUGAAAGCACGUCAGAAAGUGAGCUGUCUUUAUCAGGUGUAGUCAUAUUUACUCGUGUUUGCUUUUAAAUAUGAGCACAGAGGAAAUAGUCGUUUAUAAAAACAGGUUUCAGAAAAGGUUAAGAUAAGGUCAAAGGCCACGCAUAGAAACAUAAAGUAAGUAAACAAAAAGGAAAUCAUCCUGUCAGAGUUUUCAAUCAUUCAAGCUUUAUGUGUACAGCGCCAAAUUCAUGACAUUCUUCAUAUUGUGAUUCCAUUGAACUACAUGUAGCAUUGAUGGUAAGACAAAUUUUCUCAUUAUAGCAUCGCAUAGCGGACUCUGUUGCUUCGUCCGCUACUUCUGAGUUUUACCUCAGGAGACAUGAAACAUCUUCUGGUGUGCUGACUGAUCAGUCUUCCUUUUGUUUCUGAACUUGAACAACAAAAUCAUUCAUCCUCCAACAAAGACUCCACUUUGGUUCACAGCUCGCAAAGUGCAGAUAAAUAACUGAGUUCAUGAAGCUGAUUUUGUGGCUAAUCGCUCCAUUAGUGUAAUUAGCUGCUAUUUGUGGAGUUAGCCGAUAAAAGGAUCAAGAUUUCUUUGGUCAAGUGGAGAAAUAUUUCAAAAACAGAGAAGCUUUUUUCACACUGAAAACAGAAUAAACAAUCAGCACAGAUAAACAUCUAAAUCAUCUCAGUAAGAAACUCUGAACUAAGAAGUCCUCAGCCAGAUUCUCAAAGAGAAACUUGUAGAAACUUUCUGUUUGUGCAGACGUGAAAUGAGAGAAAUGAAGACACAAUUUCACCAGAGAAUUUCUUGUGUUUCUGUUAAGAUAACUGAGACAACAGUAAAGUUUAAGUGGCAAGAACAAAAGUUCAUUUUAAGAGGCAGAAAUCUCAUGAUGCACAGCCAUCUGCCAAAACUGCGGCAGGCUUGAAAAAUGGGGAUCGAGGGAGAUGGGAAGAUGGGAUCCACCAACGACCCCGAGGAACCUACAAGACAUGACAGCUCAGGAGCUCCAGGGAAAAGUGAAGUUAAGCGAAGAAGUGUUUCAGUUAAAGUUUGAUAUUCUGACUCCUGAUAUUUGAGAGUUUUGACAUUUCAAAGCUGUUUGAAGACCAGGACGCUGUGAUCAUUUCCCUCUUUUUCAAAAGACACAACAGCUAAUAGAAGAGUCAUAAAAGAAGUGAAAAGCAAAGAGAUAUAAUGACAAUGACUUCAGUGUCAGCCCUUGCAGAAUGCAGAAUUUACCAAUAAUCAUGAACAACCAGUAUUCUCAUUUUUUUAUUUUAAUAUUCAAAGUUUACAAUUAUUCUUUAAGUUACAAGUAUUCACUUUAUGUGUAAGAAUUGACCUGUGUGCCAACCUGCCUCUCAAUUUAAAAUCCUCAAAGACUUGGAUCGACAUGAGACACAAAAACUGUGCGUGUGUGCGUGCGUGUGUGUGUGUGCGUGUGCGCGUUGUUUAGUGACUGUGUUUCUUUAGUUUUAGCAUUCAACUACGUCAUAAUGUCCCCAGACUGAUUUGAAGAACUUUUUAAUCGUCUAAAUUGGUUACUGGAGUCAUGGGUGUGUGUGUGUGUGUGUGUGUGUUGUAUAUGUGUGUACGCGCGCGCGUGUGUGUGUGUGUGUUUGUUGGAGGGAAGAGGAGCACUAACAACCUGCUCUGAUGAUGUUUUUUGUGGCCUUGUUAAGAAGGACGGCCUGUUUCUUUGGCCCUUCAAUCAUAGUGACUUCAUGUACUGUGUUCAUUUUAAAUACUUUUUAAUCAAGUUGAAUAAAUCUCUAUGUGACAGUGA